AUGGGCUGUUGUUGCCGCCAUGAUCAGGUAAUCUUGCUGGCAAAUAUCCAUUGCACUGGUGAACAGCGAUCUCUUCCAGUUGCUAUUUUGAAGCAACUAUUUGAGUUGAUUCAAUCUGACAUUCAUACUCUUGGAUUGUCUUCUCUUUCGCAUCACUGUCAGUCACACAACACUGAGGGGCUAUAUACACUGACUACCAUUUCAGUUUUGUGGUUACGGAAGAAGUAUGGUGCAGCACAGUUAGCUAGGCGCGCUUCCAAAGAAACUCUUGCUCGUUUACUUCAUCAACCAAACAUCUUCGCCGACAAUCAUCAAAAUUACACCCGAGAUUUCUUCAAGACACAGUGGAAUAACCAAGUGAACCACCUGAAUCAAGUAACAGCUGAAGAUACAGACUGCCGGACAAAGCUCACAAAGCUCUUGGAAAAAGAAGAGUCGCUGAAAAGAUUGCGUGACAUUGUACAUAAUGGUUUGUGGGAUACCAGCCAAAAUGCUUUGCAGCGCCUUGUCAAUGACAUUGAAGAAGCCGAGGCAUCCCAAAGGAAACUUUCUGAGCAGUUGGGGAUGCUAUACGGUGGAUCAGACACUGAUGUUCAAAAAGAAAAGAUGAAACUUCUUGUGUGGAGUGCAAAGCGUGCACUUUAUGCUAAAGCCGUCAAAAUCAUGGGUGUCCGACAGCCAAUCACAGAAUCACGAACACGGGGAAGGCGGGUUGGCAUUAAGUUGAAGGAAAAGAUAUUUGAUUCAAUUAAGAGUUGGAAAGCAGCGGUAAACUGGUUGAUAACUCAAUACAACAAUAGGAAUGAAGCUUUUCUGAAAAAAUUUGAUCCCAGCAUGCUGGAAGAUCCAAAUUACCAUGCUUUAACAUGGGAUAUCUUUGAAGCCACAAGCCUAGACGACCCGUUUUGGAACGAAGCCCAUUACUAUCACUCACAAGGACCCUGGGCAAUUUCUUUGGAGGUUUGCGAAGGAAUAAGGGCGUCACUUAUGAUGGAUUGGGCAGAGGAGGAACUGGACCUAAUCGCCCAAGAAUUGGGUCGGGCAAUGGCUUGGGCAGUUGAGCUACAUAACAAGCUGGAUAACCUUGCCAGCAAAAUAAGUAACCUACCCCCCAACUCCAAUGUGGAAGUGGUCACGACUCGCGUAGGGACUCUGAACACAACAACAGGCCAGCAAGUCCUGAUGUUUGAACUGUAUCGGCAACUCGCUGACCUUCAAGAUAUCAUGCGAUCUUGGGCCAAGGACAUUGAGUGGCUUUGGAGCAAGACUCGGUUGAUAGAAAACUCUCAUCCUUGGUUUGAUCUGGUCGGACAGCUUGCAACAAAUUUGGUUCCAACGGGAUCCAAUUCUAACGAAGCACAGCUUGAUGCUGACGAGAUGGAGGAGGCAUGGCAAGAACAGCAGUUUCUCGAUGAUGCUGAGGAUGGAGAGGAGGCUGAAGAUGAUGUAGUAGAUGAUAUGACAGGAGAAGCUGGUCAAGGAUGGGAGACCGAUCUCGAAUAA